UGAACCAACCAAUAAGAAUGCUUGAACAAUAAAUACACCUUUCUUUAGAGGCAAGUGGAAACUUAACCAACCCUGCACCCUAUCUCAUUGUGGAGCUAGAGGAAUUAGAGCCCUGUUCAUAGAUAAGAUGAGAGCACCCAUCCAGCUUGGAUGGAGUCCGUCACUCUCAACAGGCCGGGCUUGGUCCUGUUUGUGGAGAACUCCCAUCUCCCAUAAAGUGAUAGAAAAAAGAAGACGGGACCGCAUCAACCGCUGUCUAAACGAACUGGGGAAAACUGUGCCAAUGGCGCGCGCGAAACAGAACUCUGGAAAACUGGAGAAGGCCGAGAUUCUGGAGAUGACAGUUCAGUAUCUACGAGCGCUCCACUCCGCAGACUUCCCCAGGGGCAGAGAAAAAGGUGAGCUACUGGGGGAGUUCGCCAACUACUUCCACUACGGCUACCACGAGUGCAUGAAGAACCUGGUACACUACCUGACCACGGAGGAGAGGGUUGAGACCAAAGACAUCAAGUACGCAAGGAUCCUGACCUUUCUUCAGUCCAAGUCCCGAGUCGUCAACGAGCCGGUGUUCGGCUCCCUGGGCGCGUUGCCAGACCAGGCAGAUUAUCUGUGCCAGUUUCACUCCUCCCCGGAGUCACACCAGAGCCACAGCCCCAGCGACUCCGUGUUUCAGCAGAGCCCACCUGGACACUUCUCUUGGCACAGCACUGCACGCAGCCCAACCAUGUCGUACCCAACUGUGCCGCUUUCCGCGCCGACGCAACAGCACCACGGUGGCUACUUGUCACCAGUGCAAGGACUUGACCAUCACUACUUCAACUUCUUCAACGGCCACCCGCACGCGAAUGCGUUCAGUUUGCACAGUACGCAACACGCGUUGUAAAUAGAAUCCGGCAACCAUUUAGUGUUGUGUUUAUUUAUAUAUGUGUUCAUAAUAAUAUACUUAAAGAUCGUGGAUAUUGUAUACUGUACAAUACAUUUUUUUUAAAUAAAUAAAAGUAAAUGUUUAUUUCC